AUGCUUUACCUGAAAAAGUACUUCACAGAGGGCCUGAUUCAGUUCACCAUCCUUCUGAGUCUCAUUGGGGUGCGGGUGGACGUUGACAGCUAUCUAAACAAUCAGCUGCCCCCAUUGAGAGAGAUCAUCCUGGGCCCUAGCUCAGCCUACACCCAGACACAGUUUCACAACCUGCGCAACACGCUGGACGGCUAUGGCAUCCAUCCAAAGAGUGUGGACCUGGACCAUUUCUUCACCACUCGACGGCUGCUGAACCAGGUGCGCCAGCUGGAUCGCCUCUCCGUACCCAGUACCGAGCUCAGCACCUGGCUAGUGCAUCGUGACUCUGAGACUGUGGUGUCUCCCAGCAGCCAGUCCAGCCCCAGCAUCACCCUGGACAAUGGGGCCGGCCUAGAGGACGUUAACAACCCUGACGCUACCCCGGCCAUGAGGGGAGGAAGCGGAGCGCCUGAAUCCACAUACAACCUGAACGCAGCGGACAGCAGCCUGGGAGCUGUGGCCCCGGAGGGAAACCAGGAGCAGGGGAGCAGGGAUGGCAACGACGACCUCACCAAAGAGGUACAGCAGCUGGUCUCUGUCCCGUCUUUGAUAAUACUUGAGGAGCAUGUCUCAGAAGGAGGGGGGCCUACACUAUUUUUAGAGAUCAACAUGUUUAUGUCUUAGAAACUCAACAGUUUAAGAGUACAAUGAUGAUUUAUUUGUGUUUUUCCAGGGUUACACUUUCAAGCUACGAAAUAUAGUUAUAUACCAAGUUAAGGUUGUUCAUUCCUGCGCCUCGGCCUUGGUCUUUUAUUAGUGUCGGAUAUUUUUAGUCAAACCAGUUGAGUCACAUUUGUUACAGCUGUGAUUGUGGUCACAUUUUAAUGUCACCCAUGCGGGUUUGUCUUGGACGAAACACAAAAAAAAAAACAACAAGCCGACUCUGUUUACAAAAGCAACAAAGACAGUCUGUUUUUGGUGAGUUUUACCUGAAAUCCGAUCAUAACGGCUCUUUGUGAGGCAGUUUAGUGAUGAUUUCGUGUCGUGUCUCAUUUUAGUUGUGUGAGAGAGCGUGCACAUAAUGGACAUAUUGAUGCCGUGGAGUUUGGGGUGACAUAAAGUCACUGUUGGGCUGUAAUGAAGCAAGACUUGUCUCCGAUCACAUGUUAACCACCAUGUCAAAGUGGUUUUCUCAUGGUUGUAUCAUCUCGUCGUCUGUUAUAUGAUCUUUUUUCACCACUUUUGACCUUUUUUAACGAAGAUGAACUGGGCAGUCUUUUUAUCAUUUAUCUGAAAUAUCUGAUUUGACGUGUUUUUAAUCUUAUUAAAAUAACUCUUCUCUGCACAGGGCCAUUUUUCAAUGGUUGCUAUAUGUUUUCCCAGGACAUUGACUUGAUUGACAUCCUAUGGCGACAGGACAUCGACCUCGGCGCGGGGAGAGAAGUGUUCAACUACAGCAACAGACAGAAGGAGAGCGAGGAGGAGCAGAAGCCCAGCCCGCAGGAAAACAAAGACGGGAACGAGGAGCAGGAGAGCUGGAGGAACGGGGUGAACCUGCAAGGUGCUCAGCCGGUGGACGGGGAGACUGGAGAGAGCAUCCCAGAGCAGGUUCGUGGACCAAAUUGAUCUCUGAGCGAGGAGGGCGGUACAUCUAACGGUUGGGAUCUGCACACGGGUGAUAAAAGAUGAUGUAGAUAUUCAUGUAAAGACGUUUUCAGCUGGUUUUGCGGCGGGUCUAACAGUCCUCUUCAGCACAAACCCAGCAGCCCCCCUGUGGCGUAUAAAUAUAGUCCUUGUAAAACUACUGAAGCUGAGAUUGUGGCUACCCUGCCACUUUUAUAAAUGAACCUUAACUGAUCCUUUCUGUUGCUUUCGUUUCCUUUUAUAUGUGCUUGUUUUUUAAAGACAGAAUCGUCUGACUCAGCCGCAGUAGCUUAGCAUUAAGAAGAAAAACACAAAGAAUAUAUACCAACUCUGGACUCGCCGGAAAGAAAAGUGAGAUUAUGAAAAUGUGCGUGUGUGAGCAGGACUCUGAUUUGAAUAGGUUUUAAAUCCAGAGCGAUCCACGGUGCAGCGCCGCAGUGAGGAUAGUUGGAUUUAGCAGCAGCGCCCGAGUGAUUGAUGCCUUCACACUUAACCUGUUUGUUAAAUCUGAACCCUGCAUUUCAAGGUUCAUUUAUUCCUCAUUACGUAACACAGGGUUACACAAUGAAAUUAAGGAUGUGGUCUCCUCCGCGCUCCUCAAGAAAUCAGAUCUAACGCUGAGGUGCAGGAGGAUGAGUUUAGACGCUGUUGGCUUAUUUCUGAGAGUUUUUAUCGAGCUGGCCCGGUGCAUCCUGCAUAACUACAUAACUACAGUGAGCAGCUGUGGGGUUGAGACCACACUUGCCAACUUUUCAGUUUCAAAACACAGAAGGAGGAGGAGGAGGAGGUUGUAGGGGAUGAUACAGGUUGCCUUAAUCUAAUAAAUCAAUAAAAUCCCUGUUUGCAGGGUGCAGCUGACACACACCCCUGGAAUCACAAUGUGGGUUGGAGAGGCAUUCAAAUGUGAAUGCGUAUAAGACCGGCUGACAUGCAAAGUGAAAGUAUCUGUGGAGGCUUUAAGGACUAUUUUUAAUGAGGCUGUCGGCCCCCGUGGAAAUCUUGGGAGUUUCCCAGGGGGGGAGAGCAAACCAGCAGGGGGGCAGAAGAUGAAGUAGAGGGGAAACCCGUGAAAAAGCGGAGUGUUCGCAGGUACGGCGGCUGAUGUACCACCGUUUAUUUUGGUGUGAAGGCGAAGCAGCCAAAAACAGAACAGUGGGACACUUUAUUUAUGAGUUUGGUUUGAAUUCAGUGUACUGCAGCUGUGAGAUCCAUCUGCUGAUGGGGGGGAAAGCGAACAUUCAAUCUGCAUGAAGAGGGUAGGGCUCUUCACCCCGCAUGAGCCGGGAUAUUUACUCAAUCAACGGGGAAUUGACUAAGCAGGAAAAGAGGGGUGUAGGGAAGGACUGGGGUGAUCAGCUGUGAGCUUAUUUACUCCAUCAAACUUGGCGAAAAUGUGCAUCACAACAGCCAAUCAGAGUCGAGCUUUUCCUGCUCACUCCUGUAAGUCACCGGAGACGUAAACAGAGUAACCGAACGUGGAGCUGAGGACAGGAAAAUAGAUGUCGGCCGUGACUUUGAGUCAUCCUCCGAAGAUGUUAUUGUUGAGAAGAAAAGUUAUAUAACGUUUUGUUUAGUAUUUAUGUAUUUAUUUUUGAGUUUGAAGUACAGAUGCUUUAAAACUGAUAAUAUGAUAAUAAUCGAGAUCGGACGAUACGACAAAGUAUAUCGUGAUCAUCUUUUUGGCCAAAUCGCCCAGUCCUAGUGUCGGGUUCGUGUUAGACUGCACACUUUUCAAAAAUUCCCCCAUAAAGGAGAGUGAAAUUUGGCGUUUUACUCUAUAAAGUUAACCUCCUGUAGUUGGUGUCUGCUCUUUAUUAGGAGUGAUCAGAAGGUCAGGUGUCACCCUCACAGUGAUCAGCUCUGAGCUUGUUAAAAAUGAUUCACGUCUCUGACGGUGUUUUUCCUCGUCUUUGUGAUCCUCAGCUCCCAGGCAUCGGCUCCCAGACUUCACUGUCUCUACAGGAAUGUUUGAGACUCCUGGAGGCCACUUUUCCUUUUGGAGAAGAAUCCGAGGUGAGACCGUGAAACGUUCAUAUGAAUGAACGACACUGAACGCCUUUACGGUGUUUUUUUUCUGUCAUCCACAAAUGUGAUGUUUUUGAUCAGUUUCCAGCCCCGGCUGUCAACAGAGAAAUAGUUUCCAAUGAAGCUCCGUCUACAUCUCAGGGCCUUCCUCUGGCGCCGCAGCUGCCCGCAGCAGAACCGCAGUUAGACCUGGAGCAGCAGUGGCAGGACAUCAUGGCCAUCAUGGAGCUACAAGUACGUCCUCCUCUCUCACUAAAACGUGUUUGUUUGUCCUGAUAUUUCUGAGAUACUUUCACUGACUGAAUCUUCUUCUUUUCAAGGCGAUGGAGGUGAACACUUCGGUUCACUCAAACUCCAGCAGUGUCGGAGGCACGAGCGCGACGACCGAGUCCAACACUGUUGGGAACUUUGAACUUUCUGCUGGCUCCACACCAGUGAACCAGGAUGUCAGCCUUCACCAGGCCUCCCUGCCCAGCUGCAGCCAAGACUUUCCCCAGAUUUUCAAUCCCCAGUUGGACUCUAUCGCCCCGAGAACCGCCUUACCCAGACUUUCUUCAAGCAACUCGAGCAACAUCAACUCCACGUUUGGAACCACUAACCUGACGGGGAUCUUCCUCCCUCCUCACAUCAACAGUUCCAGCAACAACGUCACGUCCACACCUAUUCUGCCUGAUCCCUUCAGCACCCUCCUGGAGGAGUCCAUGCUGGAUGAGAUCAGCCUGCUGGACCUCGCCAUGGAGGAGGGCUUCAGCCAGGCCCAGGCUUCCCAGCUGGAGGACGAGCUUGAUUCAGACUCUGGUCUUUCCCUGGACUCCAGCCACAGCCCAGCCUCACCGAGCAGCUCAGAGACUUCCUGCUCCUCCGCAGCAUCUUCCUCCUCCACGUCUGCCACCUUCUCAGAGGAGGGAGCCGUAGGAUACAGCACUGACUCAGAGGUCGCCACUGUGGAGCCAGAGGAAGGUGCUGUUGGAGGUUAUCAGCCCGGGUACAGUAAGCUCUGCCGAAUGAGCUAUCAGGACCCCUCGCAGUUCCACAGCCUCCCCCACCUCGACAGCAUCAGCCACAAUCACACCUACAACCUGCCGCUUUCUUCUGCCUUCGCCGAGCACCCAGAGCUCCCCGUCCCCACCGGGAAAAAGACCGUCCGCGACAAACACAACUCAAAGCUCCAGACUCAUCAGGACUUGCUCGACAAACACUCGAGUCGGGACGAACGCCGGGCCCGGGCGAUGAAAAUCCCCUUCUCCAACGAGAAGAUCAUCAACCUGCCCGUGGAAGAGUUCAACGAGCUGCUCGCCAAGCACCACCUGAGCGAAGCCCAGCUCGCCCUCAUCCGCGACAUCCGCAGGCGCGGGAAGAACAAAUUAGCCGCCCAGAACUGCCGCAAGCGCAAACUCGACACCAUCAUCAACCUGGAGCAGGGCGUCCAAGACCUGCGACGCGACAAGGCCCGCCUGCUGAAGGAGAAGAUGGAGUUCAUCCGCUCCAUCCGACAGAUGAAGCAGAAGGUGCAGAGUCUGUACCAGGAGGUGUUCAGUCAGCUGAGGGACGAGGAGGGCCGGCCCUAUCCUCCCAGCGAGUACUCGCUCCAGUACAGCGCCGACGGCAGCGUGCUGAUCAUGCCUCGCUGCGUGACAUCUGCCGAGCAGAGCCGUAAGCCCGAGAAAAAACAAAAAGACAAAAAGAAGUGA